AUGGCUGCAUCUCCACAAGGCGCGGCGGCCUCUAGUCUGCCCUCUGUGGGUAAUUCCGAGCCUACCGCGACUGCGAUACCUGUUGAUCCAGUCGUUGAGGAUGAGGAAACAACAGAUGCGGAGAUCGAGAGUAUUCACACCUCUUCCACUGCAUCUUUGAGUGAAAGUAUCACCGAGUAUCGCCGAAUUCACGGACGCACUUACACCCAAAAGACCGAUUACUGGGGACCGAAUGACGAAAGACAGAAUGAAGGGCUCGACAUUGCCCACUAUUGGGAGACUCUUCUUCUAGGUGAUAAGUUAUUUCUCGCGCCUUUCGCUGACGGCCCAUCGAAUGUCCUUGAUGUCGGCACAGGAACCGGCAUUUGGGCGAUAGACUUUGCGGACGAGUAUCCAUCUGCUGAGGUUAUCGGUGUUGAUAUUUCGCCCAUUCAGCCAGGAUGGGUACCGCCCAAUUGCAAGUUUCAAAUCGAUGAUAUCGAAGAGUCGUGGACAUGGCCCAUUGAUCGUUUUGACUUUGUUCACAUCAAACACCUCGAGGGAAGCGUAGCAGAUUGGCCGAAGCUCUACAAUCAAUCGUAUGUCCACAUGAAGGCAGGAGGCUACAUCGAGGUCAAGGAGAUAGACGUUGAGCUAUGCUCUCAGGUGCUCGUUGACUUGGACGAUGGUCACGUCUACAAAAGGUGGGGCAAGGUUAUGCUAGAGGCCAUGGACCGGCUGGGAAAGACGGGAACUCAGAGCCGCAAUCAUGGUAUUGCUAGGGGUCUUGAGGAGGCCGGAUUCGUCGACGUCGUUGAACAGCAAUGGGCGGCACCUGUUGGAGCUUGGCCGAGGGAUUCGACUCUCAAGGAAGUGGGCGCGUGUCACCUCCAAUAUCUCGAUCAAUCCCUCGAGGGCUUCGGUACCUUCCUGCUCAAAGAGGUGAUGGGCUGGGAAUAUGCGGAGAUCCUGGUUUUCAUGAGCGAAAUGCGAAAGGCCAUCAGAGACCUGAAGCUCCAAUCUUACAUCAAGCUUCACGUUGUUUAUGCAAAGAAACCUGAGAAGGCUGUCGAAGGUGAAGAGUGA